AUGGAGUCCAAGAAGAAGAAAAAACGGGGCCGUUCACCUUCAAAUGAUAACAAUCCUCAAACCAAAGCCCGCAAGUCCAACAACCCUCCCGAAGCCGAAACUCAAAAACUUUCCAAAUGGCCGAGAGGCCUCGGUGGACCCAAAGGCAUGAAGUUGAAACAACUACAAUACCACAAAUUCGAAAAAGACGUCGUCAUCUAUCACUACUGCGCCUCUUUCAUCACCGUCACUGACUUUCGCUCAUUGCUCAACCGGCAACAACACGGUUACGUCAAUUACCUCCUAGGCCCUGACCCACUGUCCUCCACCCCCACCCCACCAGGCGACGAACCACCACCUGGUUGCCUAGAAAUCGGCUACCUUCCUUCCGUUUUCCAUAUAGGCGAGUGGCUGUGCUUCAACACGGAUAUCAAGAGCACUAUUCUCGACCAGCUCGAUAUCAAUACGUCCACGCAGCAGAUGCUGUUUGAACGUGUUGGAGAUCUGCCUAGGCCGCCGCCGCCAGAGAAGAAGUGGUCUAGGACGGUGGCUUACACGGAGCAUAAAGAUUGGUUUGAAAGUUUGAGAGAGGCAGGGAGGAGACCGUUUAGGUUGGGGGUUACCUGGAGGACGUGGGGGACGGAGUUGAUGAUUGACGGGAUGAGGAAGAGGGAUGAGCAGGUUAGGUUGAAGGAGAGACGGGAGAUUAUGCGGGAUGUUGCGGCUACCGAUGCCGAGAGCGACGGCUAUAGCGAUGUUGAGGAAGAAGAGGACGAACGAGGUGAAGAAGAAGAACAAGACACCGAGUAUGCCUAUCAGCGCAAAGCCGAGAGUCCAGGAACGACAGGCCGACACAUGCCCCUUGUAUACCACGACCCAUCAUCUUAUCAGGCUGUUGUACCGCAGAAGAGCUCCAGAUCAAAUCACUCGCGAUCGUCUUCUAACGCAUCCAUGCUGAGCGACCGAAUUAUCAACACUCCACGGACACAGCCUCCUUCGUCAACGACGCUGAAGUCGAAAGAGCAGCUGUUGCUAGAGGGUGGAUACGUUUGA